AAUCAUCAACAUUAUCAAGUGGAUCUGGUCCCUCAACAAAUAUUAAUAACAUUAAUGGUACAUCAGAUGUUUGGAUUUUCUUUAAUAAAAUUAACAAUGGCAAGGCUCAAUGUUAUUAUGAAAAAAUGAAACAGACCACUUUGAAACUUAAUCAAGUUAUACCAUAUUCAACAACUUCUCAAGAAUAUAAACUAAUUACUGAUAAACUGGUUAAUUGGAUUGCCAUGGAUACCUUACCAUUUACUAUUGUAGAAAGUCCAGCAUUUCAUGAAUUUAUAUCAUCUUUGAAUGAAAAACAAAUAGAAACAAAGGAAAUCAACCAACAACUUGUCAGGAACAAUCCUAGUAGUGUUGAAUUAGAAUAUUUGACUGAAAAUGAUUGGAAACAAAUUGAUGACUUGUGUGUUAUUUUAAAACCAUUAUACAUUGCAACCAAAUUUUUAUCAUCAAGUUCACCCACUUUAAGUGAUGUGUGCAUUACUUUUACUGCAUUAAUUAGAGAAUUGAAAAAGGUAAUUGAUGGCAACAAUGAACAUUAUUUAAUUGCAGAUUCAGUUAAUCAUAAAUUAAAAGAAUAUUGGAGUCUCAUGGAAAAUAACACACGAAUCAGUUCUGUAAUUGAUCCGAGAAAUAAAUUAUCUGAAAUGGAUAAUGAUAAAAUUAUUUUAGAUGUUGUUGAAGAAACAUCUACACUUGAUGAAAAUAUAGAAGGUGAUGAAGAGUUAAAUUGGGUUGG